AUGAGAGGUUUAAGAAGUUCCAAACGACCUGGAAUUGAUUCAAUUCCAACACAGGUAAUUAAACCCUUUUAUUGUUUUCACUUUUUUUAUUUCUUUCCUACUAUAUAGAAAUUACGUCUUCACGUUAGUUUAUACACGUACGUUUUAGGUAGCCUUAGGUUCUAAAAGAAUUAAGAACGAUUUUUUAAGCAUCUUCUGUCAAGGCGAAUUCACAUUUAAUUAAAACUAACAGACGUACUAUUUUAGAGCAUCCCCAUCAAAACAGUUGCAAACCCCAUAAAGUUCCGGCCGUUAGAAUACAAAACAUUGGAAAUUGACGUUGAAAAGAAUGUGCCACACAAGGUCGUCAUAGAACUUUCAACCGAACAUUUCGUCUGUUAUGCCGCUUCAGGACAACGUUCUUCACAAAAAAUACAAACUGAAGGCCACGCUGGAGUUACAUGA